AUACCAAAUGUCAGUUUGCAAUCGAACGUCGCUAUGGGAAGGCUUAGAUCAAAUUUAUACUCAUAGUGCUAGUUUAUUAUUAUUGUAACAACGUACCCAAAUUACCAACGAUGAGACACAAGUAGAAUAAUAACGUGACAUUUAUAUCUGUGAUAAAUCCCUUCAAACACAGCUUACAAUAUUUAUACUUUCUCCGCUUAAUUUGAAGUCACACGUAGUCGCGAAUUUCGCAAGUUGUUUUUGCACUAGUAUACUUUCGGCAUAAGGGAAUUGUUAAUGAUGGAGAACAGCAAUGAAGCCAGUACGAGCAAAUGCGAAAGUAUUUCCAGGAACCUACUAGACCAGCCACAGUGUUUGGAGGUCAUAAAGCCACGAAAGGAACCCUUUUGGGUUUUCGGCUACGGAUCGUUGUGCUGGAAUCCAGGAUUUGAAUAUAAACAGAGUGUUACUGGUUACGUGAAGGGAUUUUCCAGAAGGUUUUGGCAAGGGAACACCACGCAUCGCGGGACAGACCUUAAGCCCGGUCGCGUUGCUACGCUCAUCGAGGACCAGGAAGGCAUCACCUGGGGCAAAGCAUUCCUAGUUGCCGCCGAUAACAAGGCUGCCCUGCCCUACCUCAGCACAAGGGAGUGCCAGCUCGGAGGCUACCGGACAUACACCGUCAAUUUCCACGCUCGCCCGUCUUUCCUAACCUCAAGCUCCACAAGCGAGAAAAAAGACGCAGUUCUAUAUAUCGCAGUCCCGGAAAACCGGCACUGGCUUGGCGCUGCUCCUUUACCAGAUAUCGCGAAACAAAUUCUCGAAUGUUCCGGAUCUUCCGGCUCCAAUGCCGAAUACCUUUUGAGGCUAGCUGACUUCAUGAGGGAAGAGAUACCUGAAGCUUUAGACGACCAUCUGUUUUCAUUGGAGAGGCUCGUCAGAAAGUUUGCUGCCGAUAUGAAAAUCUGCUUAAGAACCUUGAUGGGAGGAGACCAGAUAGUCGAAAAUGUGGAGGUAUCAGAAGAGAAAGAAGCGACGGUGGUUGUCCCCAGCUACCAGUUUGCUUCGAGAAUUCCCGAGAAGAAGUUGCGUUGCGUGAACAUGUGAUGAGUGCUCGAUUGUAUGGUAAUUAGGUAUGUUGCUUUAAGCUCAAACGAGUAUGAUAUGGAUUGAAUGAGGUGCUAAAUGCCAACAUAUGUACGACUUUGCUUUGAAAACGUAUGACAUGUUUGAACACUCUUUUUUAAUAAAUCUUCCGUAAUUGUAUGUGAUAUUCAUGUCUUUAGUAAGGUAUAUUAUGUUUCUCGGGAACCUUCCAUGACAGCUAGCAAAACAUGCCAUUGUUAUUCAAUUACAAUAGCCAAUUUCAUAAAUAUUUAAACUGUUGACCAUCGGUCCGAUAAUGUUGGUAAUGUUAUGUUCCCAAAACACUGAACGAAUACAAUCUUGUUAGGUUUAAGUUAGACUACAAAUCAACUAAAACUGACCAAAAAUAUUAAAUUGACAAGUAUUAUGUUAUGAAUCUAGAUUAAGACUUAAGUUUAUUUUGUGAUUAUUUUAUAAAGUGAUUCUAAUUUGUUUUAUGAAGUUACGUUUGUUUUAUAAUGUUUGUUAUAUCUGUCAUUAAAAAACUAUUUAAUUGAUGCAUAAGAUUUACUGCGCUAGAAUUUUAUAAUUUGUGAUUAUGAACAAAAUGCUCUCAAAGGGCUUAAUUUGUACUGUUCACUAGCAUAAUUUUGAUAUGAACAAUUUGUAUGACAAUGUAAGGUAACGCCAUAAUUACAACGACAAAAUAAAUUUAUUAAUUAAA